GGCCUUGAACUGCGCCAGGUGAUCGGAAAAGCUGGCUACAUUCAAAAUGGCGGCUCCGUGCUAACCUGCGCUCUGUGCUUGAAGGGCCAAAUUCUUCAACUCAUAACUUCUUUAUUCCUUACUUUUACAUGUUUUAACCCACCGUAAAUACGCCUAAUACAUAAUUUUCCACGAUGACUGAAUUAUUUAGCCACUACGAACAGCAGUUUGGGAAUUUGAGCGCAGAAAUUACGGCAAAAAUUUGCAAGAUCCCUAAUUUGCAUGGAGAGGCGAAACGAAAUACUGUCGCCGAUGUUGAGAGGUCGUUCGAAGAAGCGAAUGAGUUGCUCGAGCAGAUGGAUCUAGAGGCAAGAGAGAUCACUGGUCCAGAAAAGAGUAAACUAUCAAACAGGCUAAAGACUUACAAGAAUGAAAUGAAAAAAUUUAAAGAUGAUUUGAAAAAGGCUCGAAUAGCCUUCUCAGACCAAGAGGGGAGAAAUGAACUUUUGGACAGUGAAGAUGCUCACAACUCUGAAGACCAGAGAACAAGACUUCUAGACAACACAGAAAAGCUUGAUAGAAGUGGGCGUAGACUGGAGGAAGGCUACAAGAUGUGUGUUGAGACAGAACAAAUUGGUGUAGAUAUUUUGGAUAAUUUAUACAGAGACAGAGAAGUCAUUGACAGAUCAAGAGAAAGGUUACGUGGUACAGACCAACACCUUUCCAAAAGCUCAAGAGUCCUGUCAGCAAUGAUGAGACGAGUCAUUCAAAAUCGCAUCAUUAUGGCCAUUAUCUGCCUGGUCAUCCUAGCUGUCAUCGCCAUCGUCAUCUACUAUUCCGUAAAGAAGAAAUAGAAAUGCUUCUGUGACAUGUUUUGCAAGUAUCAGUCAGUUCAGCCUGCAGCAAGAAACACUCGAGCGUCUAUAGGGACAAUAAAAGACAGGUACAUUUAAAUAUGGAAUAUGUAACAUUGGCGUCUCAAGAGGGUGGCUAGUUAUGAGUCUGACAGCUUAAAAAGUAUGAGUUUGAUGGUUAAUCUUUGAGGUAAACUGUUUGUCUACUGAGAAAGUAUUUAGUUUCUUAUAAUAGAAAAUCAAAAUCUGUGUUAAAAUUAAAAAAUCAACACAUUUCACAAUUUCAUGUUUUGUGGGCAAUAGGCAUGUUUACCAGCCGUAUAUGUGACCCCACACUAUUGUCUCCACCCUCUGUAGUGGGGCGAUGGAUCAUCAGACUGUAACGCUCAAUGUCGACUUUAGAUAGAGCCUAAGUGGCAGUGCUUUCUAUAAUUAGAUCUUGAGGGCUAUAGAUAAAGAUAUCAUGGGGAAGGGGUUCACUUGGGUGAAUAGAAUAGCAGUCAGAUACCAUAUGGAAAAGACAUUUGAUAUUUGACUAUCUCUCAAUAAGAAAUUAACUUCUUGCCAUGGGGGGUAUUUAUUGCCUCUUCCCCUGCACACUCCCCUAACUACUUGGGGUGUAAACAGGAUCCAAGAGAUGUUUAGAGCAUUUUGGCUGUUGCAUUGAAGUGAACACAUUAUUAUGGAGCCCAGUGCUUCUUGUGAGUUUUCUAUUCCAGUUUCCAAGAGAGAGCUGUGUCGUAGCAGGCCUCAAGUUAUUGUGGGGGGGGGGGGGGGGGCACAACACAGAAACAUUAAGAAAAUAUUGGGGGAGGCACAGCCACGCCUACUAGUAACUAACUACUAACUUACUGCUCAUUUCCUUAUAAUUUGUUUAAUAUUUGGGGGGGGGGGGGGGGACGUGCCCCCAGUGCCCCACCUCCUGCUACAGCCCUGGGGAGGGAGGUGUAUAUCUUGUUGUUAACCUCCAGAUUAUAUCAUUAUCAAGACAACCUAUUUAUUAUGGCAAUAACACAAGGCAUGCUCAUUUACAAAUUUUUUUUUUUGGUGUUUUAUUCUUUUUUCUUAUUUUUUAUUAUCUUAAUGUUAAAAUCACUAAUUGUUUGUGAGUAAAGAACAGAUUACCUUACACUAUCAAUAAACAAGAUAUUAAAUGUGA